GAUCGCAUGCCUCACACGAGCGGGCCCAGCCUCGGGGAAAGCGUCGCUCGCUUCGCCCCACACCGCCGGCCCGCAACAGCCCGCGACCUCUGGACCGGAUCAGCUCGAACCGGCGGCGACUCAGCGCAUGCGCGGAACCGGAAGUCCGCCGGUCUUUGCUUCUUUAGGGCCUUUCUAUGCUACUGAGCUGAGGCGUCUCUAUGGCCCGCGGCUGCCGCGCGCUCGGGGAGCUGUGAGGGAGUGGGGAGUGGCGGCGCUGCCGCCGUCGGCUGCCUCGCGGGGAGCCGGCGUGGGGGAUGGGUGAGAGUACCAGCCCCAUCAGCGUGAUCCUGGUGAGCUCGGGCAGCCGCGGCAACAAGCUGCUCUUCCGCUUCCCCUUCCAGCGGGGCCCGGAGCACCCGGCCGCCCAGGCCGGUAAGCCAAGGAGCCGAUAUGCUGUGAAUAGCACUAGUGACAACACAGAAGACCAAGAUGGAGACUCCAGAUUUUCAGAUGUCAUCCUGGCAACAAUUUUAGCUACCAAAUCAGAUAUGUGUGGCAAAAAAUUUGAGCUGAAGAUUGAUAAUGUCCGUUUUGUUGGCCAUCCUACCUUGCUGCAGCAUGCCCUUGGGCAGGUAUCCAAAACUGAUCCAUCACCAAAGAGAGAGAUGCCCACCAUGAUUCUCUUUAAUGUUGUAUUUGCCUUAAGGGCCAAUGCAGAUCCAUCGGUGAUCAACUGUUUACACAACCUCUCUCGUCGAAUUGCCAUAGUUCUACAGCAUGAGGAACGUCGUUGUCAGUACCUGACCAGAGAGGCCAAGCUGAUCCUAGCCAUUCAGGAUGAAGUGUCUGCCAUGUCAGAAACAGCAGAAGGUCCACAAUCACCUUUCCAUCACAUUCUACCCAAGUGCAAGCUGGCCAGAGACCUCAAAGAGGCUUAUGACAGUCUUUGUACUACAGGGGUGGUGCGAUUGCACAUCAACAACUGGCUUGAAGUGAGUUUCUGUCUGCCUCAUAAAAUCCAUUAUGUUGCAACAAGCUUUAUACCUCCUGAAGCGAUUGAAAGAAGCCUGAAAGCUAUUAGGCCUUACCAUGCCUUAUUACUACUGAAUGAUGAGAAAUCGUUGCUUAAUGAGCUUCCAUUGGACUGUUCCCCAGCCCUGGUGAGAGUGAUUAAAACUACCUCUGCUGUGAAGAAUCUGCAGCAGCUGGCUCAGGACGCUGACCUGGCAUUACUACAGGUUUUCCAGCUUGCUGCACAUCUGGUUUACUGGGGAAAAGCAAUUAUUAUCUAUCCACUGUGUGAAAACAACGUCUAUAUGCUGUCCCCCAAUGCCAGUGUUUGUCUUUACUCCCCUUUGGCAGAGGAAUUUUCCUGUCAGUUUCCUGGCCAUGAUUUGCCGUCUGUGCUUUCCAAGUUCUCUUUGCCAGUUUCCUUAUCAGAGUUCAAGAAUCCGCUAGCUCCGCCAGUACAAGAGUGUGGACACCAGAACUGGACACAAUAUCCAGUAAUGGUUGCAUCAAUGCCAUGUACAGAGACUCAGCUCAUACAGAUGGUAAUAUGGAUGCUCCAGCAUCGCCUUCUCAUCCAGCUCCACACGUAUGUCUGUCUGAUGGUGCCCCCGAAUGAGGAAGAUUUCCGAGCUCAAGAUGAAGACAUGCCCUUCAGUGCCAGAGUUGGAGGCAGAAGUUUAAGCACUCCCAAUGCUCUCAGCUUUGGCUCCCCAACCAGUAGUGAUGAUAUGACUCUCACAAGCCCUAGUAUGGAUAAUUCCAGUGCUGAGCUGAUACCUGGUGGUGACUCCCCAUUGAAUAAACGGAUGACUGAGAACCUGCUAGCGAGCUUGUCUGAACACGAGCGGGAAGCUAUCCUCAAUGUCCCUGCUGCACAGAAUCCGGAGGAUCUACGCAUGUUUGCAAGGCUGCUGCACUAUUUCCGAGGACGGCACCACUUGGAGGAAAUCAUGUAUAAUGAGAACAUGCGCCGCUCCCAGCUGGUCAUGCUCUUUGACAAGUUUCGCAGCGUGCUGGUAGUGACCAAUCAUGAGGACCCUGUGAUUUCAGUCUUCCAGUCCCUCUUGAAGUGACUGUGUGGAGUGUGGGAGGGGAACUGCUCCUCUGUUUUCAGCUCCCUCAGUCCUAAUAUUUUGUUUAUAUAAUGUUAAUACAGGAGCAGGGGUAGCAGCAGCCAGAGGUUGUACCCCCACCAUUGACCUUCCCAGUGACCCUCAGCAAGUCACCCCUUCUCCCUCCCUUUCACCAUCUGCCUGGGGAAUGUAAACCCUGACCUGCUUGUGGAUGGAGCUCUGCCCUCAAGCCGCAUGGGAGUGGGGCUAGAGAGGCACACACCAGUGAAGCUGUUCAGUCCAACUAGUUCCAGUGUGCAGUGUCUUCCCAAAGUCCCUGCCACUGGGCUGGGGUUCCUUGCUUCCUGCGCAGGCAGUGUGUGCGGAAUUGAAGAAAGGUUUUACCCUGGUGUCGCUGAAUAAACAACACACACUUUGACUGGACACUGGUGCAGCAGAGCAGUAGUUUUAAAAAUGGCAGUAGCAUCUCCACCAGAAUUGCUGCAGCUAUAGUGCUGCUGAGAGAGCUGUCCUGACAGUAGCUAUGUCCCUACCAGCACUUAAGUCAGUGCAUCUUGCGGUGCAUAGGGGGGUAGCUUUUUCACUACCGAGUGACUUAAAUUAUACUGAAGUAAGCGCUAGUGUGUACAAGCCUUCAGUGUUGGCCUGAGGCACAUAAGUGCCUAAGUAUCCUGGUGAAUCUGUCCUUUAACUCUUUCCUGCACCUCUUGUAGGCUUUGAGUGUUUCACAGCAGUUUUGAUACCUCUCUUUACCAGCUCUCUUUGUGCUGCCCCUGUUGCUGGUGUGUCGCUAGCUCAGGGUGGAGUUUGAUGCUGAGAGCAGCUACUAGCUGUGCUGCCACAGCUGGAAGAGUGUCCUUGUACCCAAAGGGGAUAUCCCCCCUCCCCACCUUCACAGACUGUCUGGGCUUUUUUUCUGCUCAGGGACCUGGGUGGCUGUUGGCUUAGCAACUGCAGAAAU